GUCUACAGCUAACACCAUUAUACGCAUUAACCUUACCAAUUGCUAUAGUAUGGACAGAAAAACAUGUCAGGAAAACUGCCCAGGAAAAUUGCCGGAAAGCUAUAGAAUUAAAGGGCAAUGAAGCAGCUAAUCAUUACUUUACAAUUUUCGAAAGACCUGCAGGAAAGAAUGCUUAA